AGAGAGGGAGUGUGUACUGCGCAUCUGCCUUUCUCGCACUAGAUCCAAACAUGUCGUCGAUCCCUGGCGGUGCUGUUGGCGAUGCAGCGCCAGAAGAAGAGAGCACUGCAACGCCGCCCGCGCGUUCAGACGCCUGCGACGGCGACGACAGCACCGGCACGGCUGCACCAACAUCGGCACCUGCUCCUACUUCUCCUGCUUCUCCCCCGUUGCCCAUGCAGGAAGAAGGUGGUGACGAGGGUUGGCAUGACAGUUCGCCGGCGGCGCCAAGGAGGAUGGGUUCGCCGUCCAGGUCGGCACCUCCUACGCCCAUGUCGGACUUCAGCCCCCCGCGCAGCCUCUCCGGCUCCAUCCCUAGGACGCCCUCUUCGAUGGGGGGCAGGAGCUUGCCAGGCACGCCGCGAACACCUUUCACGCCGAUGGACAUGCAGUCGCCGCUGUCCCAACGAGACUCCACCGCGCUUCCUCGGGGUGACCUCGGCCGCCGAGCGGCAAACCUCGCCUCGCUCAGCGGCGGCGGUGGCGGUGGCGGCGGCGGCGGCGGCGGCGGAAGCGUCAACACCCCGCAGAAAAGCCCUGCCCCCAACAGAUCGUCCAGUAGAACUAGCAUGGGCGGCGGCUCUCCGCAGUCUUUGCCGAGCACGCCGGGAUCCCACGCCUCUUCCCGUAGAAGCCGCACCGCGGGCUGGAAGGAUAACCGAAGAAGGCGAGGCGGAGGCGGAGGCGGUGGGGGUGGAGGCGGUGAUGACGACGAUGAUGAUGACACGGGAGAUGGGGGUGGGGGCAGCGGGGGUGGUGGCGGCGGCGGCGGCGGCGGUGGCGGCGGUGGCGGUGGUGGCGGUGGUGGAGGUGGUGGCGGUGGCGACGGGCCAAGCCCGCCGGGAUCUCCGGGGCCCAACCAGGGCGGCACGGGUAUCAUGCAGGGGCAGGAAAGAGCGGUGAUCUGGGGCACGGACGUGAACGUUGUGGAGUCGAUGGAGAGGUUCAGGCAGUUCUUGCUGGAGUUCACGCUGGAGGGGGAGGACGAGCCGCUGUACAAGUCGCAGUUGGAGGAGAUCCACCGAACACAGGAGUUCAACAUCAGCAUCAACUGCAAGCAUCUCUACAGCUUCGUGCCCUCCCGCAGGCUGUACCAACAACUGGUGCACUACCCGCAGGAAAUCGUCCCCAUCAUGGACCUCGCCGUGAACGAAGAGUUCACCAGGAUGUUCUCGGAGGAGGAGCUCAUGGGUUCACGCCGCAUUCAGGUUCGCACGUACAACUUGCGGGAGGUGAAGCCUUUGAGGAACCUGGACCCGCAGCACAUCGACCAGAUGGUGGCCCUCCGGGGGAUGGUGAUCCGAACGAGCCAGAUCAUCCCGGACCUCAAGCAGGCGUUCUUCCGCUGCAUCGUUUGCAACGCUUCGAAAGAGGUGAUGAUCGACCGGGGCCGCAUCGACGAGCCCUCGUCCUGCCACAUGUGCGGGAACACCAUGUCCAUGGAGCUGGUGCACAACCGCUGCCUCUUCACCGACAAGCAGAUGGUUCGACUGCAGGAAACUCCGGACGAGAUCCCGGAGGGAGAAACGCCUGCCACGGCGACUGUUUUCGCUUUCGACGACCUCGUCGAUGCGGUCCGACCGGGAGACAGGGUGGAGGUCACCGGGAUCUUCAGGGCGGUGCCGAAGCGGGUCAACCCGAAGCAGAGGGUGGUACGCUCCGUGUACAAGACGUACGUCGAUGUGAUCCACUUCAGGUCUACCGAGUCAGACUCUGAGGUGGACGGGCGAGGCGGGGGCGGCGCCUCGCACGGCACGGCGGCGGAGCUGGAGGCGGCCCAGGGAGGGGUGGAGAGGUCUCGCUUCUCUCCCGGACGGAUAGCGGAGUUCAAGCAGCUGGCCGCAGAUCCUCGGGUCUACGAGAAGUUGGUGGCCGCUAUCGCCCCUUCUAUCUGGGAGCUGGACGAUGUGAAGAAGGGCAUCUUGUGUCAGCUCUUCGGUGGCAACAGCAAGUCGGCGUCUGCACAGGAGGACGAGGACGACGUAGACCCAGAGACAGACGCCCUUACGGACCCCAACACCCAAGACUCGCAGGCCGAACGCAAUGCGGCGCGCCCGAGCGUCAGCAGUACCCGGGGGAACAGGACGCGAGGAGAGAUCAACGUCCUCAUGUGCGGGGACCCGGGCACCAGCAAGUCGCAGCUCUUGGCCUUCGUUCACAAGGUGGCCCCACGAGGCAUCUACACGAGCGGCAAGGGUUCGAGCGCCGUGGGCCUGACGGCGUCCGUCGUUCGUGACACGGAGACGCGCGACCUCGUUCUCGAGUCCGGGGCUUUGGUGCUGAGCGACAACGGUAUCUGCUGCAUCGACGAGUUCGACAAGAUGUCGGACACGACGAGGGCAGUGCUGCACGAGGCCAUGGAGCAGCAGACGGUGUCGAUUGCGAAGGCGGGAGUGAUUUGCACCCUCAACGCUCGCACGGCCAUCCUGGCGUCUGCCAACCCGGUGGAGAGCCGGUAUAACCCGCGCCUGUCCGUGAUCGAGAACAUCAAGCUUCCGCCAACGCUUCUGUCCCGGUUCGACCUCAUCUAUCUGAUCUUGGACAAGCCCAACGCCGCAAUGGACCGGCAGCUGGCGCGGCACCUGGUAUCCCUGUACUACAAGGUGCCCGUGGUACCGUCUUCCCCGCUGGAACAGGACUUUCUGAUGGACUACAUCGCCUACGCUCGCCGGCAUAUACAGCCAGAGAUAAGCGAGCCAGCCGUCCGGUCCCUCAUCAAGGGGUACCUCGGCAUGCGCAACAUGGUGGGCAGGGGAACCAAGACCAUCAGCGCAACCCCGAGGCAGCUGGAGAGCCUCAUCCGCCUGUCGGAGGGGCUGGCCAAGAUGCGACACGCUAGGUUCGUGGAAGACAGCGACGUGGCCGAGGCCGUGCGCCUCAUGAGAGUAGCCACCCAGAACGCCGCUACAGACCCUAGGACGGGAACCAUCGACAUGGACAUGAUCGCGACGGGCCAGGGGGCCUCCGACCGAGACGCCGUGGAUGCCCUAAGCGCGGAGAUCAAGGCUCUGCUGACGGGACCCCUCAAGGGGAAGCGGACAGGGGUCGGGGAGCUCCGGAAGAAGAUGGAAGCGCAGAGCGACGCACAGAACCUGAGCUGCACCGCCCCGAUUUGCUCAGCUCGGCUCGUGUUUUGGUGCCGUCCAGUAGUCUGA